GCUUCGUCGCCGCGAUAUGCUUCCUGUUCAGCGCCAGUUACACCACACCGAUCCUCGGAGACACCGAGGCGGCAAUCCUCAUGAAUACAAGCGACUCCGCUUCGUAUGCGUGCAAGAAGAGAGAACAUAUUUACUUCAUGAAAACGCACAAAUGUGCCAGCUCCUCCGUGCAGAACGUUUUUUUCCGAUACGGUGAUAAGCACAACUUGACGUUUGUUCUCCCGCCCGGUGGCACGAACUACUUCGGUCAUCCGAAAUAUUUCAAUCGAGCCAUGCUUCCAACUACUGUGCGGCCCGUGACAUACAGCAUUUUCGCGCUACACACCCGCUUCCAGAGAACUGAGGUGCGAAAGGUGAUGCCGUCGGACACCGUUUACAUCACCAUUCUUAGGGACCCAGUGGCCUUGUUCGCUUCUAUGUUCUCAUACUACGACAUGAAACGCAUGUACAGACUAUCUCUCGUGAAUUUGGUUCGAGAACACCCAGAGCCGCUGGAUCCUAUUUAUCGAGAACGGAAAUUUUCAAAGUUUGGCCUAAAUCAAAUGGCCUUCGACCUUGGUCUUCCGCCUUCGCAAUUUCGAAACGCCGAUAUCGUCGAUCGAUUUAUCAAACGUCUCGAAGAAACAUUCGAUCUUGUGCUGAUCGCUGAGCGCAUGCCCGAAUCCCUCGUUCUCCUCAGAUAUUUGCUUUGUUGGGACGUCGAUGACGUGAUCCUGUUCAAGAAAAAUGCCCGAUCCACCAGCUACAAGAAAAUCGAGCAACAACUCACUUCACAGGACGCGGAUACCCUCAAGAGGCUCAACGAAGCCGAUCAGAGGAUCUACGAUCACUUCAACAAAGUUCUAAGCGAAAAAUUGGAGCUGUUCGGACUCGAUCGAGUUGCUGAAGAAAAAGCGCUUAUCGAUGAGAGAACGAAAUUCUGGUACAACGAGUGCGUCGAUACCGUCAGGAACGUUGACCAAGAGACAGCGAAGAAGAAAAAAAUAUAUUCGAAUCAAGUGAUGUACUUCGAGGAGCGCAAGGGCGCAGAUCCUGAGUGUCAGCGCUUCCUCAGGGAAGAACUCGCUUACGCAGCUUAUUUGCGAGAGCGACAGAGGAAUCUAUAUUUCAACGCCUCGUCUUCAACGAGGCAUUGACGAUUCAUUCGCACGACAGAAAAAUU